AUGGCAAGCAUUCUGUUUUCUUAUGCUGUGAAAUUAAACUCAACGUCCCAAGGAUCCCCAUUUGAUGCAGUGAUUGCCAACCUAACAGGGUGUGUCCCACAAUCCUUCUCACCAGUCUGUCCUAACAAUUGCUUGGCCAGGAAAUACAGACACAUUACUGGGGCUUGCAACAACAGAAACAAUCCUGUCUGGGGAACUGCAAAUUCUCUUUUGGCUCGUUGGCUUCCUGCGCAAUAUGAAGAUGGAAUAAGUGAACCAAAGGGAUGGAAUGAUGAUUUUUUAUACAAUGGGUAUCAUCUCCCUCAGGUUCGGGAGGUAACUAGGAAGAUAAUUCAUGCAUCCAGCAUAGCUUGCCAGGAAGAUGACUUAUAUUCUCACAUAAUUAUUGAGUGGGGGCAAUACAUUGACCAUGACAUUGCUUUUACACCACAGAGUGUCAGUAAGACACUUGCAAUAGGCAGUGUGGACUGCAAGUCUACCUGUGAGAAUCUCUACCCAUGCUAUCCUAUAAAGGUUUCUGAAGACGAUCCUCUAUCACAAGGUGGUUGUAUUCCAUUUUAUCGAUCAUCUUUUGCCUGUGGCACUGGUAGUAAUGGUUUCAUGUUUGGAAACCCCUCAUUAUUAAACCCAAGAGAGCAGAUAAAUGGUUUAACAUCAUUUAUUGAUGCAUCAACUGUUUAUGGAAGCUCUGUUUCUUUACAACACAAGUUGAGAAACUAUUCCAGCGAAGAAGGUCUUUUGAAUGUAAAUGGAAAAUAUUCUGAUCAUGGUCGAGAGUAUCUGCCUUUUGAGAUACCUUCUGGAUGUAUACAGGACCCUACAGCAGAAAAUGCUGAGAGAAUAGACUGCUUCCUUGCAGGUGAAAGCAGGUCCAAUGAAGUUAUAACCCUGGCAGCAAUUCAUACAUUAUGGUUAAGAGAACACAACCGUUUAGCCAAAGCUUUGAAAAAACUCAAUCCUCACUGGAGUUCAGAAACUAUUUAUCAGGAGGCUCGUAAAAUUGUUGGUGCCCUUCAUCAGAUCAUUACUUAUAGAGACUACAUGCCAAAAAUUCUGGGUAAAGCAGCCUUCGACAAAUAUAUUGGUCCAUACAAUGGAUACAAUGAAAAAACGAAUCCCUCUAUAUCAAAUAUAUUUACAACGGCAGCAUUUCGCUUUGGGCAUGCAACUAUUCCACCAAUGGUGCACAGACUAGAUUCUCAGUAUGUAGAUCAUCCGAAAUACCCCAGUUUGCACCUGAAUGAAGUUUUCUUUCGCCCAUGGAGGAUUGUAAAACAAGGAGGCUUGGAUCCAUUGAUUAGAGGGCUUCUUGGAAAAUCAGCAAAACUACAAACACAACAAGAAAUGAUCAAUGAGGAAUUAACAGAAAAACUGCUUGUAAUGUCCAAUAAUGGUUCGAUGGAUUUGGCUUCCUUAAAUCUACAGAGAGGGCGAGAUCAUGGCCUACCAGGCUACAAUGAUUGGAGGGAAUUUUGUGGUUUAUCAAGACUGGCGACACCAGCAGAUCUAAUAAGUGCAGUAUCUGACCAGAAUUUAGUAAGGAAAAUGAUUGAUUUAUAUGGUCAUCCAGACAACAUUGAUGUAUGGCUCGGUGGGCUAGCAGAGGACUUCCUCCCGGGAGCUAGAACUGGACCCCUGUUUGCAUGUUUGAUUGGAAAACAAAUGAACGCACUACGGGAGGGUGACAGGUUUUGGUAUGAAAACGCCAAGAUUUUUAAGAAAAGUCAGAGAGAUGAACUGGAAAAACAUUCUCUUUCAUGCCUGAUUUGUGAUAAUACAGCUUUGUCGCAUGUUCCCCUUGAUGCCUUCCUACUGGGAAAUUAUACCAACAACUUUGCAUCAUGUGACAGCAUCCCUGGUAUAAACAUGGAAGCCUGGAAAGAAUAUCCUAAAAAAGACAUCAAUGAAUGUGAAGAGCAGUCACAUGAGCCAUGCCAUUCUUCUGCUGAAUGCACCAACACCUUGGGUGGCUUUCGUUGCUUAUGCACAGAUCCAUAUGAACUUGCCGAGGAUGAAAGAACCUAUUCAGGAAGACUCCCUAGAGGAUCUUUAAUGUCCAUCAUUUUAGUUGCUAUCUUGUUUGUGUCCUGGGCAGUAAUGUGCUGGAUUCUAGUUUGCAGAGGAACAUCCAUAUUUUGGUCAUCAACUAAAUCUCACAAUGUAGAAGGUAUGAAAAAGCCAUCGGUAGUGAUGAUCUACUCCAUAUGUGAAAGUAAAACCAUGCCAUUACCAUUGAUUCCAUCUGAACAAGUGAGCCAGGACAUAAGCAACGGACACCAUAUUUUACUUCAUGUGUGA